CAGGAUUUACUGUAAUUAAGUGACAGAAUGACCCAUGUCCAGUUCCGAGUUCCGAGACAACUUUUCACAACUUCCCCGCCCGCCUUCAUAAUCAAUUCUUCUUCCGGUUGUCACUUCUUGCGCAAUGAAAGUCGAACAGAGACCUCGAUGUCCUCGAUCCACAACUGCUUUCUCCGUCCAACUCUCCUCUCCAUACCAUACCGUAGACUUCAAGCAUGACCUGGACAAUCUACUACAACGCCACAUCCGAUGUGUGGACAACAGCCUUGGUCAACCACAGCAGUGACAAUGAUUCGGAUGUCUGGACCAACACAAGUUCUGCAGAGAGCAGCAACAGCACUGGAUCAGGAGGAGAACAGCAGGAAGAAGGAGAACCCACCAUCACGACGUGGUCUGGAAUUUGGGUGACCUUUCUGGUGAGUGCCCUUCAAUGCCUGGUGUUCUACGCUUUCUUUCUGUACCAACGCCAUCAAGACUCCAAGAAAAACUCGGUGGACCUCUACGAACCACGACAACACACUCGAAAGCAUCGAUCCCCGGCUCCCUUUGCUACGUCUUGGUGGAAAUCGGCGUGGGAAGUGGAACAAGACGAACUGCUGCGCUGUGUCGGGUUGGACAGUUUCAUGUUUCUGCGAUUCCUUCGCUUGGGGGCUCAACUGUGUGGUCUGGGAUCCGUAUUGGCCGUGUUGGUACUCAUUCCCGUCUAUGCCACGGGCGACAAUCGAGGCAAUGCCACCUUGCAAUUCAAUCAGAUCACAUUGGCACGUGUCGAAGCGGCAUCUCCUCGAUUGUGGGCAUCCCUGCUGGCAUGGUACCUGUUUGUGGCAUUCGUGUUGUAUGCCUUUUGGAACGAAUGGCAACUCUUUCGCACUCAUCGAUCGGCCUUUUUGGCACGUGGCGACCAAGACAUGCCACAGGAAUAUCGAUACGCCGUGCGUGUCGAAGGUAUCCCUCCCGAGUUUCGUACCGACAAGGCAUUGAAAGCCUACUUUGAACGACUCUUUCCCAAUCAAGUGCAACAGGUCACGGUCUUGCUGGAAAUGACACAAUUGCAGAAACUCAUUCAAGAACGACAAGAGAAUAUUGAAAAACUAGAACAAGUCGUUGCCUUUCUGCAUGCCAAACCCGACAAACCCAGACCAGUCAUCAAACGCAAAGAUGAUGCAGAGGAGGUGGAUGCUGUGGAACACCACGAAGCAGAAAUUGCCCGUUUGAAUCUCGAGAUUGAUCAAGAGCGAUCCACAUUUCAAAACAAUGUAGCAGAACAGUCCCCUCAGACGACAACGACCAAGAAUACUGGUGACGGAACCACUGAAGCUCCACCACACACCACCGAGUUGGAAGAAACGGCUCCGGCCAAAGACGAUGAUAGCAAGGCCACCUCGACAGCCUUUGUCACAUUUACCAGUCUUCGUGCCAAACAGGCGGCCAUUCAAUGCGAGCUGACGGGGAAUCCCGAUCGUAUGGUCGUCUUUGCCGCACCCGAUCCAAAGGGCGUCUUGUGGGACAAUGUCACGGUAUCCCUCACGCAGCAAGUCAUUUUCCAAAAACAAGCCGCGCUCGUCUUUUCCGCCGGGGUUUGCUUUUGGGCCAUCCCCGUGGCAUUCGUUACGGCCAUUGCCAAUCUCAAUGGCAUCUUACAAGGCUUGGGGUUGCCACCGGCCGAUCCAACCGCAGCGUGGUACGGGCUGAUUAGUGGACUCUUGCCCGUCAUUUUCUUGUCGGUUCUCAUGGCAGUGUUGUACAUGGCCAUUGUGGCGGCGGCAACUCAUCUCGUCCGAUACAAGUCGGCCGCCGAAGUGGAUGCCUAUGCUCUCUACUGGCAUCAGUUGUUCCAGCUUGCCAACUUGUGGCUCAUUCUGAUUGGAGGUAGCGCCUUUGAUCAGAUUGAUGGCAUGAUCAACGACCCAACUGGGAUCAUUGACAUUAUCGCAACUGCCAUGCCCGGAGCUUCCGUCUUUUUCGUUAACAUGAUGCUAGUGGGGUCAUUUGGAGCCUUUGGGCUAGAACUUUCCAUGUUGCCCACCUACGGGGUCAGCCUGGUCAUGAAGUUGAUUCAGCCCGAAGCCAUGCUCACACAGCGGCAACUUGACCAAGCCAAGACGCCUCCUUCGAUUGUGUGGGGAGAGCAGGUUCCACCGGUGGUCUUUGUGUUCCUCGUUGUCAUCGUAUACAUGCCCAUUGUCCCAAUCAUGGAAGUCUUUGGCGUUGUGUACUUUGCGGGGUACUAUCUCGUGUACAAGCACCAGUGUUUGCACGUCUAUGCCCAAGAAUUUGAAGGUGGUGGGGAUGCCACCUGGCAGAAACUGUUUCCGUUUCUCAUGGCUUGUUUGUACAUGGGAGAACUCAUCUUUAUUGCAUACAUGGGCAUCAAAGAAGCUCCCGUUCAGGGUGCUUUUGGAUUCGUUCCAUUGGUGGUAACCAUUGCCUUUCACAUGCACUUGAGUCGUACGAUCGUACGACCGCUCCGAAACUUGUCGCUCGAAAUGGCAGCUCAGGUGGACAUUGAUGACGGCGAGCUCGAUCAGAAUACUGCAUCCGUCUUGUACGGAAUGCCUGCUUUGAAAACAGAGGGUGAGGAACGAGGACCCAUGCCGUACCGACGCAGCGAGGUUGAGCGAGACGAGGAAGGGGGUGACGUAGUGCAGCCGAUAGAUGACGAGCAGCGCGACAAUGAAACGGUGCAAGAGAAGCAUAGUGCAGCCCCUGAAGAAGGCUCAGUACCGAUUCACAGCAAUGAAGAAGGGGGAGAAGUCGGACGAGCGGCGCCGCGAUCGGUAACUUCGUCAACAGUGUUGACGCUGCAAUAGGAAGCAACAGCCUCGGAGAGAUUACUUUCGCAGGCAGCAAAUUGGGUGAUUGGUUUGGAACAGCAUCACUAGGAUCACGUUGGCCAUGGUUCAGAAUCGAAUCAUUGAUUUGAAAAAUCAAUCUAGCUGGCUAGUAGACCACAGAGGCGACACAAGUUCACCAGCAAUGUAUGCAGCCUUAUAGCAACAGUCACAGCUAUAGUUU